GUGAGAAUGGAGGGCCUGAGGACGGGGCAAAGCCCAAAACACCAAUUUCCUUUCCUGGCACCAAGCCGAUUCCCGGCCGGAAAUGGACGAGGAGGGAUCGGGGAAAAGAGAAGUAUGAGUCCCCCCUUCUCCACCCUAUCCCUGCUUCCUUUACUCCCCCCCAGGAGUAGCCUCUGUCCUCCCCCAACCCAGGGCCCAGCUCCCCAAGAAAGACCAGACUGGGCUACUAAGAAACCAUUACUCAGGCACCUGCCUGCCUAUGCCUGAUUUGUUCACUAAAGUGGAGGAAGCAGGGGCUCUGGGGAGGGGAAUGGCCCAGACAUUGAGAGUUUGUAUUUGCUGUAAUAGUGGCAGGAUGUGGAAAUGACCCCCCAAGUGUUGGGGUGCCACCCAGGUGAGGUAUCUUGGUUGUAAACAGUCAUUACAGCCAGGAAUUUCUUUCUCGGCUGUGGUGUCAGAAUGGCAGACCUGAAAAACUUGCCGGGCCCGCCUCUGGGUGUGGGGGGUGCCCUCUGCUGCUCUCCCGCUGCACCUGGUCCCUGGGACAGGAUGGGGGCCAUGGGGUCACUGGUAGGGGGAGACCUGGGGUUGGUGUGGGGGUGUGCUGGGGAGGGGUUUGCUGGGAUCCCUUUCUCGCCAUCUGGGUGGGGAUGAGGCAGCCCCAGGCCACAAGGCAAGUAUGCAGAGGGCAGGUGAGCGAAGGCAGAGGCUUAGGAACUAGGUGUGGGGGUGUGGGGCGUUGACUGUGUCUAGCCUGCCCAGUGACCCCAUGACUCAUACUCUAGCUAUGUCCCCCUGAGGUCGGGCUGAUAGGGAGGAGUUGGGGUUCCUGUGUGGACCCUGUCUGGACUUCCAGGACGCUCUGAGAAAUUAGAGAAGAAAGGAUUGGCUGGGCUCAAUGCCUCAUGCAUGUAAUCCCAGCACUUUGGGAGGCCAAGGCGGGUGGAUCACCUGAGGUCAGGAGUUCGAGACCAGCCUGGCCAACAUGGUGAAACCUAAUUUCUACUAAAAAUACAAAAUUAGCCAGGCAUGGUGUCGUGCACCUGUAAUCCCAGCUACUUUGGAGGCUGAAGUGGGAGAAUUGCUGGAACCUGGGAAGUGGAGGCUGCAGUGAGCCAAGAUCGUGCCACCACUGCACUCCAGCCUAACCCUAUCUCCAAAAAAAAAAAAAAAAAAAAAAAGAAUUGAAGCAGCCCAGCAUGGGAUUGGGAUUAGGACCAGUGCUGGCAAGGAGGACCGUGGAUGGAGUUGGGUUCCUGUGGGGGUAAAGGAAGGUUCCAGGGAACCCUGUGAGAGUUCCCUGGGCCUAAAUAGGGGCUGGGAAAGUUGGAGCCCCAGUGAUCUGGGAUGUGGAGGAACCCCUGCCAUGCUGGGAAGUGUCAGACCUUAGAUGAGUGGGGAUGUGGGGCCUGGGUUUGUCAAAAGGCUUUAGGGACUGAUCCCCACCCCUGUCAUCGAAGGCAGGGCACCACUGCUUCAAGAGAGGGGUACAGGCCCUAUGGGGCAGGCAGGAGGACUGCAGAGAAACAUGACACUUAAAGCAGCUUGGCCUCACCCCGCAAAACACAGAUGGGGAAGGGGCUUGAACCCAUGCCUCCUUGGUUGGCUCGGUCUUCCUCACACCAGGCUAACAUGUCAUGACAAGCUGCUGACUUCAAGGUAGGUGAUAAUGGGAGCUCUGUGGCCCCAUAAAGCCCUCCCAGUCACCUGCCACCUAGGUUAGGCCAGGUGGUGGGAGGUGAUGUCACUCAGCUGCCCAGCUGGGGACUGAGCAUGAUGUGGAAGGAAGGGAGCAAACUCCAGAGGAGGGGUGGCCAGCCAAGGCAGGUUCCAUGGUCAGCUGAGCCAUCGAGGGCAGAGAAGGAGGCAGGAGGCAGGAGGCAGGCAAGACUCGUGGCUGUGACCCAUGGGCCUCUGAGGAGGCGUUGUAAGUCCGCCCAGCUCCCCACUUGCUGUGCUCUUACUCAAUGCGAAGGGAACCAAGGUACCAGGGCCAAGUGGGUCCAGACAUCCACACGGAUUCUGAAAGGGCAGGUCAAGCAGACUUUGUCCAGCCAUCAGCCACGGCCUCUCGACAGCACCAAGAUGGAAGUCAAAGGUCAGCUGAUCAGCUCUCCUACCUUCAAUGCCCCAGCUGCCCUGUUCGGAGAGGCUGCCCCCCAGGUGAAGUCAGAGCGUCUGCGGGGGCUGCUUGACCGGCAGCGGACCCUGCAGGAGGCCCUGAGCCUGAAACUUCAGGAGCUCCGCAAAGUGUGUCUCCAGGAGGCGGAGCUGACUGGCCAGCUUCCCCCUGAGUGCCCACUAGAGCCUGGUGAACGGCCCCAGUUGGUCCGCCGGCGGCCCCCCACAGCCCGCGCCUACCCUCCACCGCACCCCAACCAAGCACACCACUCCUUGUGCCCUGCUGAGGAGCUGGCUCUUGAGGCCCUGGAGCGCGAGGUGUCAGUGCAGCAGCAGAUCGCGGCGGCCGCCCGCCGCCUGGCCCUGGCCCCUGAUCUGAGCACCGAGCAGCGCCGGCGCCGGCGCCAGGUCCAGGCAGACGCACUGAGGAGGCUGCACGAGCUAGAGGAGCAGCUCGGGGAUGUCCGGGCCCGCCUUGGCCUCCCAGUGCUCCCGCUGCCCCAGCCACUGCCAGUGUCCACGGGGUCAGUGAUCACCACCCAGGGAGUCUGCCUGGGCAUGCGCCUUGCUCAGCUCAGCCAAGAGGACGUAGUUCUGCACUCAGAGAGCAGCUCCCUCUCAGAGUCUGGGGCCAGCCAUGACAAUGAGGAGCCCCAUGGCUGCUUCUCUCUGGCCGAGCGCCCCUCACCACCCAAGGCUUGGGACCAACUGCGGGCAGUAUCUGGGGGGAGCCCUGAGCGGCGAACCCCAUGGAAACCACCUCCAUCAGAUCUUUAUGGGGAUCUGAAGAGCCGGCGGAACUCUGUGGCCAGCCCCACCAGCCCCACACGCUCGCUGCCCAGGAGUGCCUCCAGUUUUGAGGGGCGAAGUGUGCCUGCCACCCCUGUCCUCACCCGGGGUGCUGGCCCCCAGCUCUGCAAACCUGAAGGCCUUCAUUCUCGUCAGUGGUCCGGCAGCCAGGACUCCCAGAUGGGCUUUCCCCGGGCGGACCCUGCCUCCGAUCGCGCCUCCCUCUUCGUAGCUCGCACCCGCCGCAGCAACAGUUCUGAGGCCCUGCUGGUGGACCGGGCCGCUGGUGGGGGAGCUGGCUCCCCGCCUGACCCUCUGGCUCCCUCUGCCUCUGGCCCCCCAGUCUGCAAGAGCAGUGAGGUGCUGUAUGAGCGCCCCCAACCAACCCCUGCCUUCUCCUCCCGCACAGCAGGCCCCCCAGACCCUCCCCGGGCCGCCCGGCCUAGCUCAGCUGCCCCUGCCUCUCGAGGUGCCCCGCGGCUCCCACCUGUGUGUGGGGACUUCCUCUUGGACUAUUCCUUGGACCGGGGCCUGCCCCGCAGUGGCGGUGGAGCAGGCUGGGGGGAGCUGCUGCCUGCAGCUGAGGUCCCAGGACCCCUCUCCCGCCGGGAUGGGCUCCUCACCAUGCUCCCCGGCCCACCACCUGUGUAUGCAGCUGACAGCAACAGCCCCCUCCUCCGCACCAAGGACCCCCACACCCGUGCCACCCGCACUAAGCCCUGUGGCCUGCCCCCAGAGGCUGCCGAGGGCCCUGAGGUGCAUCCAAACCCUCUGCUGUGGAUGCCCCCACCCACCCGUAUCCCCUCGGCUGGUGAACGCAGUGGCCACAAGAACCUGGCUCUGGAGGGGCUGCGGGACUGGUACAUCCGGAACUCGGGACUGGCUGCGGGGCCCCAGCGCCGGCCUGUGCUCCCUUCCGUGGGCCCGCCACACCCACCCUUCCUCCAUGCCCGCUGCUAUGAGGUGGGCCAGGCGCUGUACGGGACCCCCAGCCAAGCGCCACUCCCACACUCGAGGAGUUUCACGGCGCCCCCUGUCUCUGGCAGGUAUGGGGGGUGCUUUUACUGAUGGGUAGGGGUCUCUUAAGGCAGAUGGUGAAGAUAUCCAGGCCAGGGAGUGGCUAGUCAUGAUAGCUAAUGAAUUGGACCAUGAGGAAACUAGCUGCUGUGAUGGCACAGGGUCACUCUACUGCACAUGACCGGCAUUAGUCCAUGGGGUCCUGGUGGAGGGGAUCUUGGGCACUGGUAGCAGCAAUUCUUUAUCAAGUUAUAGGCUGAAGAUGAGCCUUGAAGCCAGGGUGCCGGGAGGAAGGGACAUCUCAUGCCCCUUGCUGUUUUCUUCCUUUUUUCUCCAUGCCCCGGAGCCUGAAAGUGCUGUCCUGUGCCUGCCUCCACCUCUUUAACGAGCCUCUUUUCCUUUCUUUUUCUGUGUCUUGUCUGUCUUUUCCUCUUCUUGUCUUCCCCGCCCUGUCCUCCGGAUUCCUGCUACCCCUUCUAAAGAUACUACGCGGACUUCCUGUAUCCCCCGGAGCUGAGCGCUCGUUUAAGUGACCUGACGCUAGAGGGGGAGCAGUCCUCCAGUUCUGACACCCAGACCCCGGGGACACUGGUCUGACCCCUUCUGAUAUGUCCCUUGUUGGCCUGGGCACGAUUCCAAUCUGGGGAGCACACAGCUGACCUCGCUGGGCCCUGGCAUGUGGUUGCUCUCAGUCCUGAGCGGAGUGCGCCAAUCUAAUCUUCCAAGGCCCCUGGCUCCCCAUAGGCCCAGGAAGGUGUCUGACACCCUGCUUCUUCUCUCACACUGUGCUGGGGACUGGGGGCCUUCAGCCAGCUUAAAAGAGAGGGGAUGAUGUCAUGGGGACCCCAAGCCCCUUCCUCCAUUUAUGUUUACAGUUGUGACUUAGGUAUUCACUGUCUUCCUCCAACACUAGGUGUUUUAUAAAAGGGAAACUGUGAUCUCAUCUGGUUGGGUUCAUUCCUGUUCCCAUGCCCAACCAGGUUCCAUUCAGGAACCCCCUCCAUAAAAUGGACCAUAUCGGGUCUCAGGGCGAUUUAGGGCAGCCAGGAGACUCCGGUGUGAACAGAAAUCCCUGCCACGCAUCGCCAGGGCAGUUGUUGGGGCAGUGGGCUCUCUGCCCACACUUGGAAGGACUGCAGUCUGGGUGGGAUGCCUGAAGGAGCCCAACCCCGUCUGUGCCCAUGGCCUCUGCCCUGACCACCCCCAGUCAGGAGGCCCCACAGGAGGAGUAAAGGGAAGAGCCAUCAGGUGUGCUGUGUCCUGGGAUCCUGUGGGGGUUGAACUUGGCAUCUACCAGAUCUGGCACCCGGUAGAUGCCAGUGAAAUCCUCAGGUGAGGUCUGGCUACAGGCCACGGGCCACUCACCUUCCUUGGCUUUCCUUCCACCUCUUUUUUUUUUUCUCGAGACAGAGUCUUGCUCUGUCACCAGGCUGGAGUGCAGUGGUGCAAUCUCAGCUAACUGCAACCUCUGCCUCCUGGGUUCUCCUGCCUCACCCUCCCGAGUAGCUGGGAUUACAGGCACACGCCACCACGCCUGGCUAAUUUUUGUAUUCUUAGUAGAGACAAGGUUUCACCAUAUUGGCCAGGCUGGUCUUGAACUCUUGACCUUGUGAUCUGCCCGCCUUGGCCUCCCAAAGUGCUGGGAUUACAGCCGUGAGCCACUGCACCCAGCCCCCAUCCACCACUUUUUAAUCAAACCCACACAAGUUGUGUUUUCUAUGAUACCUAUCUGUGAUUUUCAGAGCUGGGAGUUCCCCUACCCCCUUUUCCUGGUGUUAAAACUUUUCUUUUUAUACCAAUGGAUCUGGACCCAAGACAUUACCCACACUGGAAGGGGAUUUGUAUAAUAAAUGUGUAAACUGAA